AUGUCUUCCUCGCCACCAUCUCAGUGGAAUUUCCCUGAGGCACUCGCUGAAUUUCAAAGACUAUACACCCUCGACCAGGUUACCCUUCAUCGUAACCUUACGACAUGGGCUGCAGAGGGUUUGAGAUACUUCCAGGAGCAUAAUGAUCUCCGCCAACAAGUUCAGACUCUUCAACAAGAGCUUAACCUCGCCCAGAAUACAUCAGCAAACUCUGCUAUUCCUCAGGGCGCAGCGCCUAUGCCCUGGGCGCCAGGCACGCCAGGCACCGCCAGGGCAGAGUGCUCGUACCAGGCGUCACCAGGGUUGAGCGCUCGCGCCAGGUGGCGCCACAGCAGGGUGCUCGCGCCAGGCGUCGCCAGGGCAGACUACUCAUGCGAGGCGUCGCCACAGCAGGGUGCUCGCGCCAGGCGUCGCCACAGCAGGGUGCUCGCGCCAGGCGAUGCUAGCAUCCGUGCCCGAUGCCCCCAGAGCAGUAUGUUCUCUGUCUGGCAGCACCAGGGCGCAUAA